AUGAGUGACGACGCGCUACGAGCUGUGCGCUGUGAUAGGCAGUUAAACUGUGCGAAUUGUGCCGAUGCAGGCGCUGAGUGUCGGAGGACCAGAGUUCCGCGAUGUCGGCCUCAGGCGACGUCGAUGAUAUCCGCGCUGGGCGAACGGGUCUUGAAUUUGGAAAGGACAGUCUCAGAGUAUGAUCAUUCUCCGGUAACGAAUGAUGCUCUCGUUAACAUCGUUAGGGGCUAUGAAAACUCAAGUCCUUCAAAUGCCUCAUCCUCUCGAGAAAGUACUUCGAAAAAAAGGAGACUGGAUCAGAUCUCCGGUCCGAAAACCUCCCCUCAGUCGCCCCACACUGUUUGUGAUAUUGGAUCAACAACGCACCAUGCCGAACAAGCGCGCGCAGUGAUUCAAGGUGAGCUGGUUGGAAACGAGCGAAUGGACCGUGAGCGCCAGUCGAUUCUCAAGUCUGCGCUGCAAUUCGUGGACGUGAUGGCUCAAGGGAGAGGUGCAUCGGAUAAAAGUUCACCAUCUUUAGACGUCUCGAGUGAAGAUUUACAAGAUGGCAUAGGGUCUAUCACUCCUUCUCCAGAAUUGCUCUACAUGCUUCUUCCAGAACCUACAGCUGCAGCUGGGCGUUCAUACUGUAUACAAUGGCCCGAUCACAUCUCAAACAAAACACUCGAGAAGAUGGCAUCAACUAUCUUGAGUGACCGUGAUAACGAUCAUGGACAGGUUUUCUACCAGUACUGCAUUUGUGUUUACGUGAAAGCCAUCUUCCAUCUGUAUCAAAAGCCAAGAGCCUACAAGGACCCGCGCAUGAACGAGCAAUUUCUCAGGUCGAAGAAAUUAUACGAGGCAUGCGCAUUUCGAGCUUUGAAUAGUCUGAACUUCUUGAAUGCCCCGACUCUGCCGUUUAUUCAAUCCCUAAUUUCUGCGGCACUCUUCAUGCAGUAUCUUGGAAAUAUGAGCCAAGCCUGGAUUCUGAAUUCAUACGCUGCCCGUCUCAUUGUCGCUUUAGAUUACCAUGAGAUUCGCAAUCCACACGGCAACUCGGAUUUGGACGAGGAGAUCCGUAGCGUUGUGUAUUGGUGCUUCUAUCUGGAUCGAACGCUGAGCACACUCCUCUACCGGCCUCUAUCACUACCUGAGCCUCGAAUCCCUCCAACAAACCUCAUUACAGAUGAUCAAUCUCUACCGCAUAUUCCUUUAUUACGCAUUUUGUUGGAUCUGGCUCAAAUCCAAGGCGAGCUUUUGGACUGUGGGAAGGCCGGUGAUACUCGUCAUAUAAUCGAAAGGCACUCCAGACUCCAGGAAAGGAUGGAGAUCAUACGCUCGAGACUGGAUUCUUCUCGAGCCGCAGCGCCCGAUCUCAUUGCAUCUGAUUGGAUUGCUGGUGAUUUCUGCUACUAUUCCAUCUUAGUCGACAUUCUGCGAUCUCGCUUGAAAUACGUCUUCUCUCCCAUGACACACAGAGAGUGUCUAUCUUACUCCCGCAAAUCCCUCAAAGCUCUGCAUCACCUACAACAAAACAUAGCAGACACGCCUGGCUUCAUUGAUCCAUACCCAACAUUCCUGACAUGGUCAGUUACUCUACAUCAAAUCAGUGCAAAUUCUCACUCACCUAUUUCCAGGACUGUCCUUUUAUACCCCCUGAGUCCAUUUUUCGUUCUAUUCUGCAACAUAAUCGGCGAGCUGGACAUGGACGACUACAACCUGAUUCAAGAUAUCACACACAGUCUCUCCCAAUUCACAGCCAGUCCUUACAUCGCCAAGCUUCUCAAACUACUCGACACCCUCCAGAACCUCUGCAUACCAUUAAUCCAAGCCAAAGAACGCAUGGGCCCUCAAGCCAAAUUGGCUUCUUUGUACCCUGCAAUGACGAUGCGACGAGACCAGCAUGCUAUGCCUGACCAACAACAAUAUCUGGAGCCUCUUAUGGAUCCACUUGGCUCUUAUCCGCAGCAAUUGCAGACCCCCGAUGGAAGUUACCGGGAUGAUGAGAUGAUGUGGCAAUUGUUUAAUAGCCAGCUUUCCUUGGAGUGGUUUGAGUCGGCGUCUUUUUAUCCAUAG